GAAGAAGAGUCAAUUAAGCAUGGCAGGCAACAUCAGCAACACUGCAGCUCCGAUAACUAGCUCUCUAUCUAAACUACAGUCUUUAAAUGGAACGUUCGCGAUAUAUAAAAAACAAGGGCCGACAUCUGCAGACGUGUUAAAUAAACUCAAAGAAGUUUUACUCAAAGAGGCUGGUGUAAAAAACCCAAACCCGCGAAAGAGGAAGAAGCAGAGCCUGAAGAUGGGACACGGAGGGACACUGGACAGUGCUGCCAGCGGGGUGUUGGUUGUUGGUGUUGGAAAUGGCACAAAGAUGCUCAGUACAAUGUUGGCUGGUUCUAAGAAAUAUAUUGCUGUGGGGCAACUGGGGAAAGCAACAGAUACUCUCGAUGCCACUGGCAGUGUGAUUCUGGAGAAAGACUUUGGACACAUAACCAGGUUAGACAUUGAGGAGAAACUGAAAGCUUUCACUGGUGACAUCAUGCAAGUUCCUCCACUCUACUCUGCACUAAAGAAAGAUGGCCAGCGUCUAUCUGUCUUGCUGAUGAAAGGUCACAAGGUCGAGGCCAAACCAGCUAGACCAGUCACUGUGUACAACCUGACCCUGCAAGAAUUCAAACCUCCUCUCUUCACUCUGGAUAUAGAGUGUGGUGGUGGAUUUUAUGUCAGAAGCUUGGUGGAUGACCUGGGAAAAGCUCUGUCGUCCUGUGCUCAUGUGAAGGAACUGACCCGAACCAAGCAGGGUCAGUUCACCCUGGAGGAGCACGCCUUACAUGAGGAGCAGUGGACACUGGAACACAUCCUGCGCUCUCUGCAGCCCUGCUCACAAUCAGAGCAGGGUGGCCACUGCGCAGAGCCACUAGAGGUUGACACCUGAGGAACACCUGAGGAACGCUGUCUGAACAGGGCCCAGAGAGAAAAGCUGGGGUUGCUGUCUGUUUCAUGGUUAGUCAUGACUCACCAGUGAAGAGAACAUGCUGUCUAAAUGUGAUGACGGGUUAUCCUGGAUGUUUUAAAAUGUGCUGUUGAGCAGGUGAAGUGGGACAAAUUGAGACAACUCUCAAAACCACUGCUGAUUCUGGACUCACGUAUUUACAGCCCCACUCAAUCCUCCACCCCAGCCUCUGUCUUCACCUGCUCAUGCCUCUAAUUGUAUUGCAGAGCUGGGUAAUAGAAACGGUGCACAAUAUACAUAAAUGUCACAAUUCAAAAAAAAUAUUUCUACAAUAUGAACAUAAGAAGUAAUACAUUGUGUUAGGGAAGAAUGCUUGACAAUGCAUCUUGCAAUGCAUGAAACAGUUUAUACUAAACAAAAAUUUGAGGAAAAUGUUCCACACUGCAGGAGUUAUUAUGAAUGAUGCUGGAAAGAUAUAAAAAUAUAUUUUUUUUGUAUAAUUUCCAUUGAAGUAGAGUUUCUGCUUGCAGUUGUGAAACAUCAGCAGAAACAUAAAAUUCAUUUCUAUAUGGAUAAUGAGAGAUAUAAAAAGGAGUAUUGUGAUGACAUUGUCUUCAUUGAGGUGUUCUUACAUGAAACAGCAGCAUCCUGAGAAAUACAUUUACAAAGCAGGUGAAACGCAUGAUGUUACCCAGUUUAUCUGGAGGGUUAUUUGUGGGAAUGCCAUGCUCUGAACAGUGCUCUUAACAAAGACAUCUGACAUGUAAAUGAAAGCUAUUUCUGUUCUUUCAGUACAGUGAGGAGUUUUUUUUUUUGGUGUUGUUUUUUUUUUCAAUGAAAGAUUGAUGUACUCCAGAUCUGAAGCACUUGUGUGUCCAUACAACAUGUUGAAGUUCUACACUUGAAGGUUAAAUAAAUUUUCAGUUGAUCUUUGUUAAAUACCAACAA